AUGGCGGGAGCGCGGGUGCACGCUCUCGGGGGACGGAAUGAGGCGGUUAGGGAGCGGGGGUGGCGGCUGGGAAGGGUAGAAGGGCGGGGUGGGCGAGGGGAGGGGCGUUUGGUAUGA